CAUCGUACACUGCCCCUCUUGUCCAAGGGAAUCGUGGUGCACCUAAAUUUUGCAUUUCUAGAGAGCAACUUCGGUUUUUAGUCGAGUGCCAUUUCACCACCCCACAGAUGGCGGAGAUUUUUGGUGUUUCUGCAAGAACCGUUCACCGUCGAUUGAAGGAAUUUGACAUAGGAAGGGUGAGAUCUUACUCGGCCAUGUCUGACAAUGAGUUGGAUGAGGUCAUCAUCGAAAAUUUGCGUGGAAACACCCGACUUGGGCCCAAUGCAGUCAUGGCACGUCUGCGUGGAAGAGGAAUUAUGGUUCAACGACAGCGUGUGAGGGACAGCAUGUUGAGGACUGACCCUGAGGGAGCUGCUGAGAGGGCGAUGAGGCCACAACUGUAUCGAAGGAGGUAUCGAGUUACAGGUCCUAACUCCCUGUGGCACUUGGAUGGCAACCACAAAUUAAUCAGGUGGAGAGUAGUUAUUCAUGGAGCUAUCGAUGGCUUCAGCCGACUUCUCAUCUUUCUUGCUGCAUCAGACAAUAACAGGGCUGAGACUGUUUUGAAUGCAUAUGUAGAAGCUGUGUCAACAUAUGGGCUCCCUUCAAGAGUUCGUUGUGACUUUGGAGGGGAAAACAACGAUGUGUGCUCCUUGAUGGAAGUUAUCCGUGGAGGAGGUCGGGGGAGUGCACUAAGGGGUACAAGUACCCACAAUCAGCGAAUUGAGAGAUCCUGGGUUGACAUGUGGUGUGGAGUCACAAAUCUGUACUAUGACUUAUUUUCCUUUCUGGAAGCAGAAGGACUGUUGAAUGUAGAUGAUGCUGUACAGAUUUGGGCAUUACAUUAUAUUUACCUACCCAGGAUCAACCAAGACCUGAAACUAUUCAUAGGCCAGUGGAACAAUCACGGUUUGCGUACCGAAGGGAGCAAAACACCACUGCAAUUGUUUGUAGGCCAUGUUCUGCGGUUGCAAGGCAGCAACCAUACUGCUAUCCAGGAUAUGUUUGGUGUUCCAUUAGAGCAUGCUGAACGGCCUCCACCUGAAGGGAUGGACUUUGCAGAUCUUGUUGAGGUGCCUGCAACGGCCCUUCCUCUUAGUAUAGAGCGCCACGAACAACUGAUGCAGCUGGUUGAUCCCCUGGACACUAGUGACCCAUUUGGUAUAUCCUUGUACACAAGGACUUUAGCUUUUGUACAAAAUCUAUAAGUAGAGGUAGGCUAUAGAGGGGUGAAAAAGCAUCGAUGUUUAGGAAUCAGAUUUUAUCUCAUUUGUAGUAGACUUUUGCCUAAUUGAUAUGAUGCCAUUUUACGUAAUUAGGUGCAAAUUGAGACAAUACGGGCCAAAAAAAAUUGAGGGGGACAUGGCCUAAAAAGUGGUGAGUCAUUUCCUGUUUAAAACAGAAAAAGUUCAACUUGUACUUGCAUGCUAUAAAAAUUGAUAACUUUAGAUUUGCAUGACAGUCAAAUUAAAUAAACUAUAAAGUUGUUUAAUGAUGAUCUCAUAGAUAAAUUAAAGUCCUUCCAAAUUGAAUUAUUACGUGUUUGAAUCGGAUGAAAUUUCUACCAAAUUGGUUGGGAAAACAUAUACUUUAUUUAGAGAAAUACAUUCACUAGCUUUUUUAUUAAUGAUAUGUUGCAUAUUUCAAUAAAGGCAGAAUAAGAGCUAUGAAAAAAGGAAGGGUUGUCCUUUUAUGUGUAAACUAUUUAAAGUCAUUUAAAACUAUUCGAAAUGGCUCUUAGUUUAUGUAAAAUUAUUAAUAAACAGACCAUUGUAACUGCAUUAUGCAUCUCCAUUGAAACAUACAAUUUUGUAUAUUUAUCUCUCCUAUGACUUUGGGCCAAUGACAUUUUUACCAAGUUUCUAAUUGAAUUGUCUUUAAAUGACAUAUCAACUAUCACAAAUUUUGAAACUCUAUUUCUCGAGUGUUUCUUGAAAUACUAGUAUUGCAAUCGCAUGAGUUCCUCCUGAAUCCUACUCCUGAUAUUCUAGAAAUUGAAAUCUGUGAUCUUGACAAGGGAUGCCAAUCUCCCAGAAUAUGUACGAAGACAGAAAUCAGAAUGUGAAUAAGCAAACAGCUGUCUCAAAUGUUUUUUGCAUGAUAGAAUGCGUGUUGAUAAUAAAUAUAUACGCUUGGCCAUUCAUUGUGGACAUGAGCAUUGAAUUUACAAAAAAAUACACAUCUACAUGUAUAUUUCAGGUUGUAGGCAUUUUGUUACCCAGAUCAUCAAAGCAUGCUUAUGUCCAGUGGAUUAAUUGUAUUUUUCACGCUGUGCCUUUAGUAUUCCAGAAUUUGAUUGUUUUUGCGAAUUCAUGCAUUUAAAAAAACAUUUGCAGGAUUUUUACAGAAACAUUACAUAUUUCUGGAUCAGCAUUCUAUAAGAUGUAGUAUGUACAUAUCUUUUUGAUUGUGAUAAUAAAAAUAGUAAUUCUUAUAAAGUGCUUUUACAGAUAUCUGAUCAGAUGGUUGUUGCAUUUCUGUAAUAAGUGAAUGAUUUGAGACAUGUCCACCAACCUUGUGCUACUUUUGUUAAGGAAACGGCUAAUCUAAUUUUAUCUAGUUUUGACUGAGGUACAAGUAUGUUUAAGCACAGAAAAGUGGUGAAGUUACAGAGAUUCAAGCUACAACCACCCAAGGCCAGAUUUUGAACAGAUCCAUAAGGAAUAAAAACUAUCAACAUUUAUCAUUCCAUAUUAAUUCAUUAUUAGCCUGGUUUGACCCUUACAAUUUUGAUGUUGGUUAAUGCGGGUCUCAAUGGGUCAAACAGCAACAACUCAACAAUUGCUUUGGAAUGACAGAGUGAGUAGAUACUAGGGAUGUAUUUGAGGCCGGCAGUUCCGAGUCACAAGGCUGCUAGAUAAAAAAAAUAUUUCCCGUAGCCUUUGCACACGGGACUUGGACCAUGGCCGAGACCAGUAAAUUUUGGCCUCGAGGCCGCCCUCGAAUGCAUCUCUGGGAGAUACCAUGAUAAGAAGCUUUUUUGUUUGACUUAACAUGCUUGAAUGGUCUUCUUUGAAGUGAGGUAUCAACCAUAGCAAUAGAGCAAAAUGUUAAAUUAGUCUGUUAUAAUUGAGCAAGGUGCCACUUGGAGAAGGAGAAAUUUUCAUAUAGUGCCUCUAGACCAGUUUUCUACGCUGAAUAUGAAUAUAUGAGGUAAACAGGCUGUAUCCUAAAAAUUAACCUGUGAGGGCGCUUUUUUGAAAGUAGCCGCCGAAUUUUCAUAAAAUUUGAAUAUUCGUACAUAGAUUUUGACACAAGCAUCCAAUUGCCAUGAAAUUAGUGUCAUAUGAAAGCCAAUUAAAUUUCCUACAAUUUGAUACUAUUUUUGGGGGGAUAGGUAGGUCAUUUGGCUGAGAUUUCAAGUAGAAAACUGCAUUUUUUGUAAUUUUUCCCCAAAAUUGAAAAUUUUGCAAAUACAUGAAUUUACAUAUUUAAAGUAUUACUCUAUCUACUCAGGGACAUGAGAUAUUUCAAUUUUACUGAACACCCUGAAACUGCAUGUCCUUUUGCAUAAUGUCAGUUAUCGACACAUUUUUGCUUGCUGAUGCGUAAAAAAAUGUGGUAACAUGUGGAAAAGUUAGUAUCAGAGUAUACAGCAAGGUUCACUUCAUGAACUCUAUCAAAAACAAAGUCCCAUCAUUUGUUGUUUUAGAGAUACACACAAUGAAAGGUGUGAAAAUAUUGUGCUGUGUAAUGUCAGUUACCGCGAAAAUGCCCAUUUGUAAGCUCACACAUAAAUGGUAUCAUUGUGCUCUCCAUCAGAAUGGAAAGCCCAUAAACUGCUCUUUGUAGGUUUUAUAUGGAAAAUAUGGCACCAAAAAGUGUUUACGUAUUUUUCUUUCUGAGUGUAUUGCUUCCCCUCCCCCCCCCC